UCUGUCUCCGCCUCAGAUGCCGCUACAGAAGCUGCUGUUUUCGGCCACACUCACACAGAACCCGGAGAAGCUGCAGCAGCUGGGCCUCCACCAGCCCCGACUCUUCAGCUCCAUCCGCAGCAGCAGCAACGCCACACCUGCAGCCUCCAGCCAGGAGCAGGGCCGCUUUAACUUCCCCCAGGGCCUGACGGAGUAUUAUGUUCCCUGUACAUUAAGCAAAAAGCCGCUCCUCAUCCUCCACUUCAUCCUGCGCAUGAAGCUCAGCCCCGUCCUCUGCUUCACCAACUCCAGAGAGACCGCGCACAGACUUUACCUGCUGGUGCAGCUGUUCGGUGGAGUUCAAGCUGCUGAGUUCUCGUCCCGACUCUCUCCUGCUGAGAGAAAGAAGACGCUGAAGGAGUUUGAACAAGGAAAGAUCCAGCUGUUGAUCAGCACGGACGCGGCUGCCAGAGGCAUCGACAUCGACGGAGUCAAAUCUGUGGUGAACUACGACGCGCCGCAGUACAUCAGGACCUACAUUCACAGGAUUGGAAGAACAGCACGAGCGGGGAAAACAGGCCUGGCCUUCACCUUUCUGCUGGGAGUACAGGAAAAGAAGUUCCUUCAGAUGGUGGGGGAAGCAGGAAGUCCCGGGAUUCAAAAGCAGAUCGUCAAACCGGAGAACCUGAAGGGUAUGGAAGCCCGAUACGAACAAACUCUGCAGGAGCUGUCCAGCGUCAUCAAGGGUGAGAAAGCCAAAUAACGGAGCACACACCUUCUUCUCUGAGCUGACAUCUGUGCUGAUUAAAGACCACGUGGCUUUUUUCCAGCUGUACUUGAGUUACGAAUGUUGUUUAAUAAAAUGUUAAAUGUG